AGAAUGUCAACCAAUAAAAUAAUUUGCGACCCUUGUAAAGGGGUUUGGAAAUGCUGACCCGAGACAAGGCGUCUCGAAUCAGUUCCUUAGCCGACUAAAUAUAGCCCUGUCCCCGUCCUUCUAAAGGCCUGCCAGCGCUCCAAGAGGCGACCACAGCUCCACUUUCCGUAUUGCCCUAAGAAAGUUAGAGAACUUCCAGAGUGGCAUCUGACCCGCCCCGUGACAUCACCACCCGAUCAUAAAUAAGAGAGGGACAUUGAGCAUGGUUCAGGACCACUCUCUCUCUCUCGGGACUCCGGCUUCUUUAGUAUUUCUUUCUGCCCCGUGUCAACUCCUUCAUCUCCGUAAUGGCUGAUGCUGCUCCCGCUGAGGCAUCCGCCGCCUCUGCUUUUUCGGCCGACCAGCUCGAGGACUUCAAAGAGGCCUUCGGGCUCUUCGACAGAGUCGGUGACAGCAUGAUUGGAUACAACCAGGUGGCUGAUGUCAUGCGCGCCCUGGGACAGAACCCCCAGAACAAGGAGGUUGCAGCGAUCCUGGGAAAACCAACCCCCGAUGAUAUGGCCAACAAGAGGCUGGCCUUCGCCGAUUUCAUGCCCAUGAUGGAAAAGGUGGAUAAAAUAGUGAAGGGUACACUUGAUGACUACGUUGAGGGUCUCCGCGUCUUCGACAAGGAGGGCAACGGCACCGUGUCUGGGGCUGAGCUGCGCAUCGUGCUGGGCACACUGGGUGAGAAGAUGUCCGAGGCCGAGAUUGAUUCCCUCCUUAUAGGUCAGGAGGACGAGAACGGCAGCAUCAACUAUGAGGCUUUCGUCAAGCACGUCCUGUCUGUGUAAGAUAGUGCUUCGGCAACCAAAGCUUAUCUAUCUCCCAGACCCCAUGGUGUCAGGACUGUUUUUCUAAAGACCAACCUAGGAAAGAAAAGGACUAUAAUGGGAUGUCGAAAAGCCAUUCUGUGUUUGUUUUAUUUUCCUCUGUCAACUUUUCAACUCAUCACUACUCCUCUCUACGGAAGUGACCUCUCCGCUGUCAGAUCCCUCGCCUCCACCUGGGGCAUGUUUCUCCACUUGGGGUGGGACGGUGACCACUCAUCAAGUAGGGGAUUGUACCCUCUGCCCCGCCCACCUCAUGUCAUCAUCAUCUUGCCGGCAAUGCUGGCGGGAAAAGAUUGUGGAUCGGCCGCCAAGCCCCUCCCCCGUCAGUUAUAUUUAUUUUCACUCUGCCGUUUCAGAAUAAACUUUUCCAAAAGUACAUCCCCCA